AUGGGAAUUCUUAAUUUAUUUCUUGAACUUUUUUCUCAAUCUCUUUCUUUCCCAAUCUCUUUCUUUCUUUCUACCUCAAUCUCUUCCUUUCUUUUUCAAUCUCUUUCUUUCUUUUUUUUUCUUUCUUUCUUUCUUAAUCUCUUUUCUUUCUCUUUCUUUUUUCUUUCUUUAUUUCUCAAUGUCUUUCUUUCUUUCUUAAACUCUUCUUUCUUUCUUUUUUUCUUUCUUUCUUUCUUAAUCUCUUUUUCUUUCUCUUUCUUUAUUUCUCAAUCUCUUUCUUUCUUAAACUCUUCUUUCUUUCUUUUUUCUUUUUCUACCUUUCUUUAUUUAUUUUUCAAUCUCUUCUUUCUUUCUUUCUUUCUUUCUUUCUUUCUUUCUUUCUUUAUUUAUUUAUUUAUUUUUCAAUCUCUUCUUUCUUUCUUUCUUUCUCAACUUCUUUCUUUCUUUCUUUCUCAAUCUCUUCUUUCUUUCUUUCUUUCUUUUUUUCUUUCUUGCUUGCUGUCUAUCUCAAUCUCUUCUUUCUUUCUCAAUCUCUUCUUUCUUUCUCAAUCUCUUCUUUCUUUCUUUCUUUCUUUCUUUCUUUCUCAAUCUCUUUUUUCUUUCAUUCUUUCCCAAACUCUUCUUUCUUUCUUACUUUCUCAAUCUCUUAUUUCUUUCUUUCUUUCUAUCUUUCUUGCUUUCUAUAUCAAUCUCUUCUUUCUUUCUUUCUUUAUUUCUUUCUUUCUCAGCCUCUUCUUUCUUUCUUUCUUUCUUUCUUUCUUUCUUUCUUUCUUUCUCAGUCUCUUCUUUCCUUCUUUCUUUCUCAAUCUCUUCUUUCUUUCUUUCUUUCUUUCUUUCUUUCUCAAUCUCUUUUUUCUUUCUUUCUUUCUCAAUCUCUUCUUUCUUUCUUUCUUUCUUUCUCAAUCUCUUCUUUCUUUCUUUCUUUCUUUCUUUCUCAAUCUCUUCUUUCUUUCUUUCUUUCCCAAACUCUUCUUUCUUUCUUACUUUCUCAAUCUCUUAUUUCUUUCUUUCUUUCUAUCUUUCUUGCUUUCUAUAUCAAUCUCUUCUUUCUUUCUUUCUUUCUUUCUUUCUUUCUUUCUUUCUCAAUCUCUUCUUUCUUUCUUUCUUUCUUUCUUUCUCAAUCUCAUUUUUCUUUCUUUCUUUCCCAAUCUCUUCUUUCUUUCUUUCUUUCUCAAUCUCUUCUUUCUUUCUUUCUUUCUUUCUUUCUUUCUUUUUUCUUUCUUUCUUUCCCAAUCUCUUCUUUGUUUCUUUCUUUCUUUCUCAAUCUCUUCUUUCUUUCUUUCUUUCUUUCUUUCUUUCUUUCUUUCUUUCUCAAUCUCUUUUUUCUUUCUUUCUUUCCCAAACUCUUCUUUCUUUCUUACUUUCUCAAUCUCUUAUUUCUUUCUUUCUUUCUAUCUUUCUUGCUUUCUAUAUCAAUCUCUUCUUUUCUUUCUUUCUUUCUUUCUUUCUUUCUUUCUCAAUCUCUUCUUUCUUUCUUUCUUUCUUUUUUCUUUCUCAAUCUCUUCUUUCCUUCUUUCUUUCUUUCUCAAUCUCUUCUUUCUUUCUUACUUUCUCAAUCUCUUCUUUCUUUCUUUCUUACUUUCUCAAUCUCUUCUUUCUUUCUUUCUUUCUUUCUUUCUCAAUCUCUUCUUUCUUUCUUUCUUACUUUCUCAAUCUCUUCUUUCUUUCUUUCUUUCUUUCUUUCUAUCUUUCUUGCUUUCUAUCUCAAUCUCUUCUUGCUUUGUCAAUCUCUUCUUGCUUUGUCAAUCUCUUCUUUCUUUCUUUCUUUCUUUCUUUCUUUAUUUCUUUCUUUGUGGAACCGAAUCCAAAGAGGGGUCUGGGAAUUACCGUUAUCUGUCUGUCCUUGUUUCUUCCUUUCUUUCUCAAUCUCUUCUUUCUUUCUUUCUUUCUUUCUUUCUUUCUCAACUUCUUUCUUUCUUUCUUUCUUUCUCAAUCUCUUCUUUAUUUCUUUAUUUCUUUCUUUUUUUCUUUCUUGCUUGCUGUCUAUCAAUCUCUUCUUUCUUUCUCAAUCUCUUUUUUCUUUCUUUCUUUCCCAAACUCUUCUUUCUUUCUUACUUUCUCAAUCUCUUAUUUCUUUCUUUCUUUCUUUCUUUCUAUCUUUCUUGCUUUCUAUAUCAAUCUCUUCUCUCUUUCUUUCUUUCUUUCUUUAUUUCUUUCUUACUUUCUCAAUCUCUUCUUUCUUUCUUUCUUUCUUUCUUUCUUUCUAUCUUGCUUUCUAUCUCAAUCUCUUCUUUCUUUGUCAAUCUCUUCUUUCUUUCUUUCUUUCUUUCUUUCCUUCUUUGUGGAACCGAAUCCAAAGAGGGGAUAAUCCAUAAAAUUUAUUUUUAUUCUUUGUUACUGUUAUCUUUCUUUUUCUUUUCUUUCUUCAUUAUCAUCAUCUCCUUCUUUUUCUUCUUCUUCUUUUUCUUCUUCUUCUUCUCUUUGUUCUUUCCUCUUCUUCUUUCUUCUUCUUCUCUUUCUUUCUUCUUCUUCUUCUUCUCCGACUCCCCCUCCCUUCUUCUUCUUCUUUUUCUUUCUUCUUCUUCUUCUUCUUCUUCUUCUUCUUCUUCUUCUUCUUCUUCUCUUUGUUCUUUCCUCUUCUUCUUUCUUCUUCUUCUCUUUCUUUCUUCUUCUUCUUCUUCUCCGACUCUCCCUCCCUUCUUCUUCUUCUUUUUUUUUCUUCUUCUUCUUCUUCUUCUUCUACCUUUCUUUUGUUUUUUAUUGUUAUUUUUUCUUUCUUCCCUUCUGCUGUUCUUUUUUCAUUCUUUUUUAUCUUUCUUAUUUCUUUUCUCUUCUUUCUUUCUUUCUUUCUUUCUUCCUUUCUUUCUUUCUUUCUUUCUUCUUCUCCUCAUCCUCCUUCUUUUCCUUGAAGAGAUUGACCCAGCGAGCAUAGCAUCUAUUCAAAUGUGUUUAACGUCGUUCAUUUUUUUCCACAGUCCGAACAGAUGCAAAUCGGAUGAUGCUAAAUCCGGAUUGCACGGGGGAUGGGCUAAGAGAGCUAUGCUAAAAUUGACAACUAUCACUAAUCUAUCUAUCUAUCUAUCUAUCUAUCACUGUAUGUCUUUCCAUUAUCUAUCUAUCUAUCUAUCUAUCUAUCUAUCUAUCUCAGUCUGUUCAUAUCUAUCUAUCUAUCUAUCACUGUAUGUCUUUCCAUUAUCUAUCUAUCUAUCUCAGUCUGUUCAUAUCUAUCUAUCUAUCUAUCUAUCUAUCUAUCUAUCUAUCUAUCUAUCUAUCUCAGUCUAUUCAUAUCUAUCUAUCUAUCUAUCUAUCUAUCUAUCUAUCUAUCUAUCUAUCUAUCUAUGUCAUUCUGUUUCUAUCUAUCUAUCUAUCUAUCUAUCUAUCUAUCUAUCUAUCUAUCUAUCUAUCUAUCUCAGUCUGUUCACUAUCUAUCUAUCUAUUUAUCUAUGUUUUUUUUCUCGCAAUUCUUGCUUGUGGAAUUCUCUUCCGGUUCCAUGA